AUGAAGACCUUCAAGACUAUCAGCGCUCUCGCAGCACUUCUCCAACCAGCAGUCGCUAACCUCGAUGUUGUUACUCUUUUUGCCAAGGCUGAUGCCUACAUCCAAGAAGCUUCAGCAACGCUUGUGCUAGGCGAUGUCCCUCUAUCAAACAGUGGCGACGUUGCUCUUUGGAGCGCUAUUAUGAUGCAAAACGAAGCGUCAUUUUUGCAGGGAGUUACUCAGAACUCGCCUGAAGGCCUCGGAUACUGUUCGAAUCUUGGGAACAAGUGGUGCAACUUUGCAUAUGCACUGAUUGGCUCCGAGGCCAAAAACGGCACCCCUGUCAAGGCAACCCCCGGAUCCCGAGUCAAGACUCACUGUAGAACUGUUAUCGAACAUCCGGCUAACUUACCUUUCGAUAAACUCAACUCCAAAACUCAGAUGUGGGAUCAGAACCUCUACAUCGACGAUGAGCUCGUUUCCACUGUUUCAACUAGUAAGGGAGAACACGGAGAAAUCUUCUACAUUUCUAUCGAAUGCGCUGCAGGCACUUGCUCUACUGCUCCGGCCCAUAGCUGGGAGGAUGUUUCCAUUGUACUGAGCACAGCCGAUGCCAGUUUUGGCCAGACUGGAGGCUGGGAUCAAGGUGCGACUGGGGGAGAUAUGUCUACUCCAGAUGGUGGAAAGACUUGGGAUAUCACCACACUUGAGAUUCCUGCUACUGAUGUGCAGCAUUAG